AUGGACGCUCAAUCUGACGGGCCGCAUCGCGCGGAGAGGCAGAAUCUGCUGCCGCGACGGGCGGACGAGAAGCUUGACGCGAGGCAGAAAGGCAUGACGCGGCGGGGGAUGAUCGCCGCCGUUUCGUACAUGAUAUGCGCAGUCACGCUCGUUAUGUUCAACAAGGCCGCCCUUUCCUCCUUCAACUUCCCUUGCGCCAACGUCAUCACUCUGCUUCAGAUGCUCUCCUCUACGGCCCUGUUAGCCAUUCUCCGCCUAGCAGACGUUCUCACCUUUGCGGAUGGCUCUGCUGCUGACGUGGCUCUGGGCAGAGGCAGCAGCAGCAUAGGCAGCAGCGGUAGCAGCCUAGGGAGCAGCAAGGGAGGAGCAGCGGUGGGGCUGGGAAUGGUGGUGGCGGGCCUGUUCGCCCCCAGCUACUCUGUCUCUGUCGCCCCUGCUGGUGCUGGCGGUGGUGGGCGGAAGGGUGGGAGGAGCAGGGGCAGGCGCAGUGGGUUUGUGCCUCUGCAUACUCUUGCAAGAGUGCUGCCUCUGUCGCUCUCCUAUCUCCUCUACAUGGUGGUGGGCAUGGCGAGCAUAAGGGGAGUGAACGUGCCCAUGUACACGGCUCUCAGGCGCACCACGGUGGCCUUCACCCUCCUGGCCGAGCGACUGCUGUCAAGCAAGCGACACUCCUCAUACACGCUCAUCAGUGUGGCAGUCAUAGUCACAGGAGCACUGCUGGCAGCACUAAGGGACUUCUCAUUUGAAGCAUACGGCUACUCGCUGGUCUUCCUCUCCAACAUCACCACCGCCCUCUACCUUGCGUUCAUUGCAAGGCUAGGCAAGGCCACCGGCCUUAACAGCUUCGGCCUCAUGUGGUGCAACGGCGUCAUCUGCAUCCCCGCCCUCCUCCUCUGGACAUUCCUCUCGGGGGAGAUUCAACGCGCGCUCGACUUUCCAGCACUCCUGCAACCCAAUUUUCUGGUCGUGCUGUCCAUGUCAUGCCUCAUGGCCUUUGCUCUCAAUUACACCAUCUUCCUCAACACCUCUCUCAACUCUGCCCUCACCCAAACCAUGUGUGGCAACAUCAAGGAUUUAGGAACGGUUGGAAUCGGUUGGGCACUUUUUGGAGGCUUGCCGUUUGACCUGGGCAAUAUUAUUGGGCAAGUUAUGGGGUUUAUGGGUUCGGGUCUAUAUGCUUAUUGCAAGAUUAAAGGUAUCUAG